ACAACUUUAGUCUCAUCUCUCACUUCUCUCUCUCUUCUCUCUCUCAAACUUUCACUCUCACCAUUAUUACUGGCUCUUCACUAGUCCCUCUCACUUCAUUUAUACCUCCCCUGAAUCCACCCUGGACGCCCAAGAUCCUCUAUCCUCCUACUCCCCCUUUUCAAAGCCCACUAUUCCACUCCUUCCUCCCUACUUCAAUAAAUACUCAAAACUCUUCCUUCAAAGUUCUACUUGUACCCCCACUUCUCCAUUUUCACUCCUCUCUUCAUGCCAACUGACAUGGAACCUAAUGGGCAUAGGAAAAUGAGGAGAAGUCAUCUUACUGCUCAAGAAAGUAGCAGUUUGAACUUGUCAGAAGUUAUUGAUGAACUUGAUCCUUGGACUGCAUGGGCUUACAGACCUCACACCAUUAAACUUUUAUUUAUAGGCACAUGUUUUCUAAUUUGGGCAAGUGGAGCCCUUGAUCCAGAUAACACUUCAUCUGGUGAUCUUGUGACCUCUGUGAAAAGGGGGAUAUUUGCGAUGAUUGCAGUUUUUCUUGCUUAUAGCUUACUUCAAGCGCCUGCAACGGUUCUUAUAAGGCCGCAUCCUGCAAUUUGGCGCUUGGUUCAUGGACUGGCAGUUGUUUACCUUAUUUCUCUUACAUUUUUACUUUUCCAGAAGCGAGAUGAUGCUCGACAGUUCAUGAGAUUUCUGCAUCCUAAUCUUGGUGUUGAACUUCCUGAAAGAUCAUAUGGAUCAGAUUGCCGCAUUUAUGUGCCAGAGAAUCCCUCGAGCAGGUUUAAGAAUGUUUAUGAAACCUUGUUUGAUGAAUUUGUGCUUGCUCAUAUCUUUGGUUGGUGGGGAAAAGCCAUAAUGAUCCGCAAUCAACCUCUUUUAUGGGUUUUGUCAUUUGGGUUUGAGCUAAUGGAGCUCACUUUCCGCCACAUGUUGCCAAACUUCAAUGAGUGCUGGUGGGAUAGUAUUGUUUUGGACGUUCUAGUAUGCAAUUGGUUUGGCAUAUGGGCAGGCAUGCGUACUGUUCGAUACUUUGAUGGGAGAACAUAUGAGUGGGUCGGAAUUAGUCGACAACCAAAUAUCAUUAGUAAAGUAAAGCGAACAUUGGGACAAUUCACACCAGCACAAUGGGAUAAAGAUGAGUGGCAUCCUUUACUUGGUCCAUGGCGAUUUGUUCAAGUUCUUUUUCUUUGCAUUGUGUUCUUGACAGUGGAGCUCAACACAUUCUUUCUCAAGUUCUGCCUCUGGAUUCCUGCUCAAAACCCCUUGAUUGUGUAUAGGUUAAUUUUGUGGUGGCUAAUUGCUAUACCAACAAUUCGUGAAUAUAACUCAUUUCUACAAGACCGAACUCCAGCAAAAAAGUUGGGAGCAUUUUGUUGGCUCUCCAUUGCUGCAUGCAUAGUGGAACUCCUCAUAUGUAUCAAAUUUGGUAACGGUCUGUAUCCAAAUCCAAUGCCUAGGUGGUUGGUAACAUUCUGGAUAUCUGUUGGGGUUGCUUUGGUGGUUUUUCUGAUUGUAUGGUCAUGGCAACUGCAUAAAGCCUUGGAGCAAAAGAAGCUCUGAUCUUGCCUAUUCAGUGUUUGGUAAAAUUAAUUUUUGAGUACUUCUAAAUCAAUCAAUCCUGCUCAUAUUUUUCAUAUUCAUAAUUUAUAAAUGCCUAUGCUUUCAUUUCAAUGGACUUUCCUGUGUAUAAAACUGUUCUUUCUUUAUAUUGUUUGACGCAGGCUUUUGAAUUAGCUGCAUUUAUCAUUUACCCAGUUUGCAAAUCUUUCUUAACUUGGCUUGCUGAAAGCCAACAUAAGCAUUCUCACAUUCUCUUGA